CGCCUCUGAGACUCUCUAACGCAUCAAAGAGUAAGAGAAGCAGAAGCUUGUGAACAGAGCAGCCUUUUCCCAGGAAAUUAACAAGAUUUUCUACUGCAUUAUUAAAGCUGUUGAAUUAGAUUUCUAAGCAGAAUCAAACUCAGAUUUAUAGCAGUAUUCUAAACCAGGUCAUCAGCAGAUUGAGGAAGGGACAGCGAAGUGUGGAUACAAAAAGAGGCUUCAGCACCUUGGAUAGCGAUCAUGGCUCCUACGAUGGGGGAAGGAGCACAGCCUGUGGCAGUGCCUUUAGGUGUUGCAGUGAUGAGUGUUUUCGGCCUUGUCUUUACUACAUCAGCCUUUGCCUGGAUCUGUUGCCAGCGCAAAAAUACCAACAAGUCCCAGAAGACACCUCCUUAUAAGUUUGUGCACAUGCUUAAAGGGGUUGACAUCUACCCAGAGAGCCUGAGUGGCAAAAAGAAGUUUGCAGCACCCAACAACCCAACAACUAAUGAUGCUGGUAAAACAGAUGUCAACGGAAACUGCCAAACCACGCCAAUGAGUCCUUCUAGCACUCUUAAAGCUGCCACAAGUCCAAAUGAUUCUAGAUCAGCUCUACAUCUUGAUUUGGAGAAGCGUGAUCUAAAUGGAAACUUUACCACCAAACCAUUUCAUCACCACCAUCAGACAGUGCGGAGCUCCCCAGAUCUGGAGCUUCUCUCUCCGCAGACAGGAUUCACCCAACCUGGUGCAAUGGAACGCUGUGACCUCCCUUCACCAUCCAGUGCUCUCUCAAGCCAGGCACCCACCCCUGCUGCUGACAGGCCUCAGGGAGAAGAAAAGGAGUGUGGUUUAGGGACACUUCACUUCUCUCUUGAGUACCAGGCAGAGAAGAAGGCAUUUAUUGUUCACAUUAAGGAGGCCCAUGGUCUGAGUCCAACAGAUGAGCAGUCACUUACCUCUGACCCUUACAUCAAGCUGACCCUGCUGCCUGAGAAAAAGCACAGAGUGAAGACAAGAGUCCUUCGGAAGACUUUAGACCCUGCCUUCGAUGAGACCUUCAGUUUCUAUGGGAUCCCACUAGCCCGGGUGUCUGAGCUGGCCCUCCACUUCAUGGUACUGAGCUUUGAUCGCUUCUCUCGUGAUGAGAUCAUUGGAGAGACUCUUGUGCCUUUGUCGGGAAUCGACUUGUCUGAGGGGCGUGUCCUGAUGAGCCGAGAGAUUAUCAAGAAAAAUGUAAAGAAGUCCUUAGGUCGAGGAGAACUGCUGCUCUCUUUGUGCUACCAGUCUACCACCAACACUUUAACGGUGGUAGUCCUCAAAGCCCGGCAUCUUCCUAAGACUGAAAACAAUGGUCCAAGUGAUCCAUAUGUCAAAGUGAACAUGUAUCAUGGAAAGAAGCGCAUAUGCAAGAAGAAGACCCAUGUGAAAAAAUGUUCUCCAAACCCAGUCUUUAAUGAGCUUUUUGUGUUUGAUCUGCCCUCUGAAGAGGGUCUGAGGGACACCAGUGUAGAGCUGCUUCUGAUGGACUCAGACAAUGGAUCUUCACGCAACCCCAAUGCUGUUCUUGGGCGUCUGUUAUUGGGAACAUCAGCAGCAGGAACAGCCGGUGAGCACUGGAGAGAGAUCUGUGACCACCCACGUCGCCAGAUUGCCAAAUGGCAUGUCAUGUCAGAGGAAUAGAAAAGCUGAGGUUGUUGUUAAGUCUCUUACCCAUAGCUAAACUGGUGCAACCUUAAAUGCUAUUAAGUGGGGAUUGGCAGGAUAUGAUGUAUCAUCAGCGCGGAAUCAUUGGACAUUAACUAGGAAAAUAGUGGUUUGGGUAAGUUGGGGUGGUUAAAAAAAAUAAAAAAAUAUGAAAAGGACAAGAUCAUAUUUCAAGUGAUGUCAUACUUCAGUCAUUCAUGAGAUCUCUUAUGUUUCAAGUUUUGGGGUUUAUUUAGUAGGCAGGUCAUGUUAAAGUUAACCCUAUAGCUUUAAACUAUCCCAAAGACUGCUACAGAGAAUCCCUUGUUAACGUGCAAAUUUAGCUUCAUGACAACAACAAACCAACACUCCAUUGCCGAAUGUCCAAAAUGUUGCUUUUACACUUUCCUUUCUUCUUCUCUUCUACCUAUGCUCACUCUGCUUCUCUUUGUAGCUCUUCCUCUUAUAGUUCAGAAUCAAUAGACCAUCAUAUCAAUAGCAGAAAGAACCAAGUUUGAUCAUAUUGUAAAAAAAAUGUUGACUAUUAAAGAACAUUUUAUAAUGCCAAUGUUUUAUUCUUCGAUAAUGUAUUUUAUAUUUUAAUUGUCACAUUGAUUUUAAACCUUCUAGUUAAUUUGCUGAAACUUGUUUUUGUAGCUCUAAAUGUCAUUUCAUACAUUGUGACCAAGACAAAAAUCCGAGCCUAAGUUAGGUGGUUUAUCAAUGGACUGAAACGGACUCAAUGCACCGAGUGCUGUAGUGUAGCUGUGGAUGCAUUUAUGUGUGUGCCUGUUCUUGUUAGUCUUUUCCAGAAAGGAAUGUAUGCAGAGACACAGCUUUUGUAGUGUUUGGAUGCAAGUCUCACGUUGUUAACUGUUGGUGUUUUGUUUCUUUUACCGUUAGCACAAAGGAGGCUGAAAUGUAAAUGUAUGUAACUUAACAUAAAAUAUGGCAACUUCUGAGAAAAAUAUGCCUGAAUCUU